AUGCCUGUCCAGCUUCUCCCGGCGUCGGCGGCCGCCUUCGCCCCCAGGGCCUCUUCCGUCAACGUCGUACUCGCUUCCAAGGUCGAACCCUGGCUCACCCAGACGCUCAAGCGCAUAAGCCGCGUCAAGCGUCCCCUCAACAGCGUCGCCCAGCACCAGAGGUGCCUCGCCGAGACGCUCUCGUCGCCGGAUGCCAUCUGGACCCUCGCGUCGCUCAUGCUGCCCAAGCUGCCCGACGCCGACAUGCCCACCGACGCUCUCGAGAACCUCUUCAGCCAUCGACUCCUUCACGUCGAGGCCUACAUCGUUCACGUCGACAUGGUCUUGCGCGACGAGGUCGCCUUCAAGCUCACGUCCGACUCCAUCGACGCCCUCGUCGACUAUCACCGGGACAUCCACUGCCUCGACGCCAAGGCCGGCACCUACGACUGGUCGGAAAAGGACCAGCAGUGCGAGAAGCUCCACGACGAUUUCAUCCAGGCCGUCAACAAGUUCGUCUUCCGCACCCACGUCCAAGCCCUCGAGGGUCUCGAGGAGGACGGCGCCGGCGAGCUGCUUUGCGGCAAGAGCGACGACGUCAAGCGUGCCAUCUUCCAUCUCAUGAAGCCGCUGCUGCCGCCCCCGCCUCGCGUCGUCGACGUCGUCCGUCAGCCGCCGCCGCUGCCCAGUUCGCCCAUUCCCAACCUGUGGCCGUCCGUGACGAUGCCCGUCGAUGCCUGGAGGGUCCUGUCCUCGAGCCCCAGCAUCACGUCGACGACGGCCGACUCGAAUCAGCCGUCGCCCCUCUGGGGGGGGAUGACCGUGAGCGAGAUGCCUGUGCCGUCGCCGCCACCGGCCUUUGGCCAGCCGCCCGAGUCUGCCGCCGACUUCUUCGCCGCGCCGGCCCUUUCGACCCUCGUCCCUAACCUGCCUCUCCCGAGCAUGCUGGCACCCCAAUGCGGAGUCAGCGUCGGCAUCGGCGGCUUCGGAUGGGAUCGCUAUCACGAGUAUGCCACCAUCAUGUGA